CACAACUUGUACUUCUAUUUACUUACUGAAGCCAAAUGUGGAAGUAAAUUUGUGUUUAUCCGCCUCGGUUUUGUUAACAAAACUAUCAUGGAGGCAGAUUUUGACCCAGAGGAUAAGUACAGCUGGUACUUUGGUAUGCUGUCACGAGAAAGGACUAACAACAUUUUGCUUGGCCAGGAACACAGUGGUGUAUUCCUUGUUAGAGAAAGUCGGACUAUGCCUGGUGAUUUUGUUCUCUGUGUAAAAGAAGAUCAAAAAGUGAGCCACUACAUCAUCAACAGAAUUCAAGCAAGUGGGAACUCACGAUUUAAAAUUGGGGACAAAGAGUUCCCAGACAUCCCUAGCUUAUUAAACUUUUAUAAAACUCAUUACCUUGAUACUACAACACUCAUUAAACCAGCACCACGAGCAAGGUUGUUGUGUAAAUAUGAUUUUCCUGGAAAAGAUCCAGAAGAUCUUCCCUUUAAAAGAGGAGAUAUAUUAGAAGUCAUCUCUGAAGAUGAAGAGGAAUGGUGGACAGCAAGAAAUACAAAUGGCCAAGUUGGCCAGAUUCCAGUACGGUACACACAGCCAAUAGAGCAGAGUCAACAAACAAAUACUACAGCUCCUAGACCACAACAGCAAGAAUACCAACAGCCAGAUGUGAGACCUUCCCCAAUACAUGAUCCCUAUAGAGCAGGACUGGGAGUAGCUAUGACUAAUGUGCCAAUACAGAUCCAGUUACCAGCUAAAGCACAGGUUAUACUUCAAAGAAUCCCAAGUGCUUAUGACAGAAGGCAGCUGCGAUUAGAAGUGGGAGACAUUGUGACUGUAUUGAAAAUGAACCUAAAUGGACAAUGGGAGGGUAUUUCAAAUGGCAAAGAAGGAAUCUUCCCUUUUACUCACAUUCGAUUUCUUACCCCAGAAGAAUUGAGAAAUUUAAACACAUAAGUAAAAAGUUUGUUAGAGCCUUCCUGUUAUUAGUCAUUUUGCUAUUUAAAAAAAUGGAAUGAUCAAGUUCUGUUAAAUGUUAUUUUAUUAUGGUAUUCAGAAGUGUUAAAACUUAUUGUAAGAUUGUUGUUACUGUUAAAUUACUCAGUGGUGAAAGUUGUGAAGUGUGUUUCAACAAUUAUUGUCUAUCACUUAAAGUAUUCUAUUAUUAAAAAAACCUUUUAAUGUCUUUGUAUCUGUCAAAUUUGUUUCAUUCACAUGUGUUAAAGUGUGACAACCAACCACUUUCUAUGAUUUUUUCAUGUAUUGAAGUUUGUAGGCAGGAAAAUAAUCUGUAUCAUAAAUAAUAAUGAAGUCUUGAAGCUUAGUUAGUCAGUUAUGUACUAUUAAUGAGAUUUUAUGUUAUUACUGUUGAAAGUAGAAAAAAAAUUUAAUUAACGGAAGUAACUAAUAUUAAGUAAGCUGUUUUUUUUUUAUAAGUGACUCUGAAAGCUUUGUAUAUUUGCUACAACCUCAUCAGUUUGUUUCAAUAGUUAAAUUUUGCCUUUUUAAUAGUAGUAGCUGCUGAAAGUGAGACAAAAAAAAACUUAAAUAGUUGAAAAUUAUUCAUGGUGAUUUAUUUAUAGCUCUAUUAUAAUGUGUCAAACAAAAUCAUUUUUUAAAAUCACAAACAAAAUUUAUUACAAAAUUAUUAUUUUUUAAAAAGAAAAUGUUUUUAAAUUUUACUCCCAGCCUUUACUAGAUUAUCUCAAAAAAAAUCUGUAUUUGAAUUUUAAAAGUUGUGGCCUUGAAUUGAUAAAAAAAUGUUUGUGUAAAACAUCACACGUUAUUUUGUGUAUGUCAGAUUUGAUGUGUUAAUGUUAAUUUUACUAUACAUAUUUUCAGAUUCUGCAUAAUUAUCUUCUGCUUUUCAUACUCAUGCUGGUUGUCACACUACUAUAUUGUUAUACAAAAAUUUACUUAGAUAGUUAAGUUUCUGCAGAUAUUGUUGUACAGAAAUUAAUUUAGAUUGUUGAGUUUCUGCUGGUUUUAUAUAUUCUUACUUUAACAUCCACCUUUAAAAAAUUUACACCACAAUUUAUAUUCAUGUUUAAAAUGUAUUUUUAGAAAUAUUAAAAUGUUCUUUUAUUAAAUUGAUUAAAUAGUUUAAGGUGUUUUUUUAUAGUUUAUUUAGUCAUAUGACUACCCACACUACUUGUGUUUAGCUAGUGCAUUUCUCUAUUAUUUAUGUUUGUAUAUUGAUAUUCAAGGUGCAUUGUUUGGGUUGCUAUGGUAUUACUUUUGUUUAAUAUUCUAGUUAAGAAGUCUAUUUCUUUUCAGCAAAUGUUGAAAAUAUUUUGACUCAUCUAUGGUUUUCUCUUAUGCUAUUUUUUAAAUUUCAUUUAAUUUAAUAAGUACAAACAUGUUGCUUAAUAUAGCCUUACUGCUUAUAUUUAUUAAACAAAGCAAUAAUGAGUGUGAUAAUUCUAGAAAAAAAAGUUAUGAUUUUAAAAGAUUAGGAUGCAUUGAAAAAAUAGUGUGUAAAAGUAAUGAUGCAUCUAUUAUGUCUGUUCAGAAUCAAAUGCUGUUAUACUAUAGCUGUCUAAUUUCACUGUAGUACGUUUCAUGCUCUUGUUUCCACUUUCUUCCAUUUUUCAAGUAUUAACUGUUAUUACUUGUCUCUUUGACACAUUUGCUUGACAUUAAAUUUGUUGUGCAAAUCAGGUAUGCUCCAAAUAUUAGUUAGUUACUGUAUAAGAUACAAGACUUUAAAGAUUCACUAUAGAGUGCAACAGUAAAUACAUGAUCGAUAUUUUAUUUAUCUGCUUUAAUUAUGUUUUUUAAAAUAAUGUCAGGAAAAUAGGGUAAAGGGUUAGUAAUGUAGAUCAGUUUGUUUAUGUUCCUUCUUUUAUGUAAAUAUUUGCCCUCUAUAAAUAUCUAAAACAACAUAACUCAAGUAAGAUGAGAGUUGCGCUGUUGUGUUUUUUAUGCAAAUGUUUGUGACAUUGUGUUUAAAUAGUCCAAUUAAAAUGUGCCUAUUAUAAAAAAGAAGAGAGUUAUUAAUUGAAAUACUUUUAUAUAUAUAUAAUAGCUGUUUUGUAAAUUUUAAAUCAUUUGACAAUGUGACCCUAUAAGAUGUAUAAUAAACUAUUCUUAGAACUGAAUUCUUUUGUUUUAUUGUAUUUUUAAGUUUUAAGAUAUGUUUUCUAAAUAAAAAUGCUAUUUUAGUAUUAAUUGUUAGGGGAAAAUAGAUGCAAAGCCAGUUACAUUACUGUUGUCUAAGUAAAUAAAUAAUUUCCUUAAAUUCAACAAAGUAAUAAGUUUCAAGGAAAGAAUUUUGCAGAUCAUUGUGUAGUAUACAAUUAAAAUACAGUAUUAUUGUGA